CGUUGUUCACGGCUAGGCUUCAGGGAAAUGGAGGCCGUGAUGCAAGAGGAUCGAACGGUGGAGUCAACAGAGAAGGUUGCUCCUCUGUCUCUCAGAAAACACCUUGUGAAUCUGAAGAACUUCAAGAAUAUGAUAUGGAAGAACACGAUAACGGUGACUCUUUUUCAGAAAUGUUGUCUGAUGGUGACGAUCCUUUUGCCCAUGAAAUACUCAUCAGAAGUAAGGAUGAAGAUGAUAAAG